UCGGAUAUGUUUUGUGAACGUCAAAAGGUAGCGUGUGAUUUUAUCGUAAACCUCUAGAUGACGCCACUGUUCUGGGUUGUGUUCACUUUGAUAUUGCAAUCAUGUUCACCGGUUAAAAUAAUGUUUUCUUUCUUUUAAGUUAAGUGGAGAGUCUUAUGAAAGACAAACAGAAAUAGAAGACCAUAUAUAAAUAGGCGUUAUAACCACUUUGGUCACAAUUUAUGAUACAAAUCAAAUAAAGUAAUAAACCAUUAAGGCACAUAUUAAUAAAAAGCAGGCGAAUAUUUUAAGAGAUCUCAGAUAUAGGAUCUUCUCUCUCCAAGACUAAAGAGGAAAAAUCAAAACAUUCUGAUAGUGACAAUAACGCAGGCUGUCACGGAGUUGUUUUAAUGACAUCACUGAAAAUGAAGGCCGUCCCACGAGCUGCGCAGAUCGCAGACAGGUGAGAGAUUGAAGUCAAAUGAAAUGUCACCCGGGGAAUAAAGCCUCUCUCCAGCUCAACGCCGGAAUACAUCGCUGUUUGAGGAAUAUUCGUGGAAAUCCAGAAUGGUGAUUAAAUGAUGGCUGGAUGGAGAGACGGGCUGGUCGUGAACGGAUCGUCUUCCUUUAAUGCGAGCCGGUAAAAUAACGCAAACUUCCAGGAACACAUUUUGACAUGGCGAGCGAUCGAGUGGCCAUCCUUACGGAUGACGAGGAGGACCAAAAAAGAAAGUAUGUCCUGUCCGAACCAUUUAACACCCUGUCACUCGGGCAGGUGGCCAACACAAGCCCGUCCACCCAAGUGCCACCCCCUGCCUCCACCGACACACUCCCCCCUCAGCCCUCCCAGAAUAUGGACUGCAUGGAGAGGUGCUGUGUACGAAUAGACAAUCAUCUCCUGAUUUCCAAAAUCUUCUAUUUCUUCUUUUACGCUGCAUAUGGCUCUUUACACCCCCUCCUCGCCUUGUACUACAAACAGCUGGGAAUGACACCCACCCAAAGCGGCCUGCUGGUGGGCAUCCGUUAUUUCAUUGAGUUCUGUAGUGCGCCGUUUUGGGGUGUGGUGGCGGACCGCUUCAAAAAAGGAAAGGUGGUUUUGGUGUUUUCUGUGCUUUGCUGGGUGGUAUUUAACUGCGGGAUCGGCUUCGUCAAGCCAGCGGAUAUGAGCUGUAUUAGGAUGGACCCUACCGCUGCACCACCGACCAAUUUAACAAACAAUACGCAAUCUGGCAACCGUACCAGACACCGAAGAUAUUUGACUGAGGAUUUGUACUCCUCUCAGAUGCUAUUAGCUUCAUAUGAACCUCACUCGAGAUACUUUAGAAGUGCAAAUGUAAAUACCACAAUGGAUGUCAGUAUAUCGCCAAACUCGACGACAGUGUCGCCACUUACCUCAACAACCACAUCGAAAUCUACCUCUACCACUGCCAACCCCAAAGACUACAUCAUAGUCUUCAAUAAGGAACAAGUAGACACUAUAUUUCUGUUGAUCUUAUUGGUCAUCAUCAUCGGCGAGUUUUUCAGCGCCCCGGCUGUGACAAUCGUGGAUACGGUCACUCUUCACUACCUGGGUCAGCACAGAGAUCGCUACGGACACCAGAGGAUGUGGGGAUCUUUAGGAUGGGGCAUCGCUAUGCUCUCGGUGGGCAUUUGGAUUGACCACACGCACAUCAAUAUCAUCAUCCAAGGCUCGGGCUGCAUCCUGCCCGACUACAAGAACUACCAAAUAGCGUUUAUCGUUUUCGGUGUGCUGAUGGCGUCGGCACUUAUUGUGGCCACGCAGUUUCACUUCGACAACAGGGUUUAUCGUUCAGGUGAGGAGGAACAGAAGGCGGACGUGGAGAUACCUCAGGUCGUCCAGGAGUCCACGUCGGAUGAGGCGCCCGUGUGCCCUGAGAGCAACUCCCAACCUUUUCCCCUUAAAGACCUGUUUCGGAUCAUCUGCGGUGUCCGCUAUGGUACCGUUCUCUUUGUGGCCUGGUUCAUGGGGUUUGGAUAUGGUUUCGUGUUCACGUUUCUUUACUGGCAUCUGGAGGACCUGAAAGGGACCACCACUCUCUUCGGGAUCUGUUCGGUGCUUAGUCACGUGUCCGAGCUGGGAGCGUAUUUCAUCAGCCACAAGCUCAUUGAGCUAGUUGGACACAUCAGAGUCCUGUAUAUCGGGCUGGCCUGCAACACUGCACGCUAUCUGUACAUUUCGUACAUUGAGAAUGCAUGGAUGGUUUUACCCAUGGAGGUGCUUCAAGGUUUGACACAUGCAGCAGUAUGGGCCGCAUGCAUAUCGUAUCUGAGCGCAGCUGUUCCGCCGGCUCUGCGCACCUCGGCUCAAGGAAUCCUGCAGGGUCUUCACCUGGGGCUGGGGAGAGGCUGCGGAGCCAUGUUGGGAGGAGUUUUUGUUAACUUCUUUGGUGCUGCUGAAACCUUCAGAGGCCUUGGAAUGGCUUCGCUGGUCACGUUACUCAUCUUCUCUCUCAUUCAGUUGUUGUUCGGUCAAAAUGAAGAGAGAAAGGACUCGAUGUUGGCUGAGAACAUUCCAGUACCAUCCAGUCCGGUGCCUAUUGCCACUAUUGAAACAGUACAAAAUCAGACUGCGUCUCAGGCCCAUCCGGAAUCCAAGAUGCCUGUUAAGAAGACUAGGCAUCAAGAGGAGCAGGAAGACACUAACAAACCUGCCUGGGUGGUAUCCGCUUCCCCAUGGGUCACCAUCAGUUAUGCCCUCUAUCAGAUUAAAGACAUGAUCGCCAUGACAAAAAACAACAACUGGGUUGAAAGUCAACCUCCGCAGGCCACAAGUGAGCAGAGCUCAUCAUCGCCACCUGCUGAAGGAUCCACAUCAUCACAUGCCACUACAUCAACUCCAACAGAAGUUCCCUCCCCAUCACAAAAACGUGACGGGGAGGAAUGUGUUCCUCAAAACGCAGAUCCUGUGGAAGUGUUGCCUAUAUCCACAGAGAAAAAAGAAACGGCAGAUAAUACAACUCCAGGACAUUCAGAAGAACCUCAAACCGCACAAUCAACAGUAAACUGAUGUUAUAUCAGAUAUUGCCUUAUGAUAAGACUUUGGUAUGGGGAUGUAACAUUUUGGACCAAAGGGGAGUCUACGAAUAUACUGUUUGUGUUGUAUUUACUGUUAUGCUUUGCACUGCCAAUGGAUUUGCUGCAGUGGGUAAAGGCUUAAAGGUCCAAACAUGCAUUAUGAUGGAUAUACACAAACUGAGUGUAGUCAUCUAUAAUGUGGCCCAGCUUCAGUGUACAGUAAUAUUUCUGUAAUUCAGCGAUUCAACAAUAAAGCGUAGUUGCUUUGCACUCUGUAACUCUGAGUUUAUUCCUAAUCAUGCUUCCAUAUAACUUAUGACCAAAUGUAAAAAUAAACAGCAGUAUCAAAUAAAAUAUACUAAAGACUUUCA